AUGGCGAGGAGCAUUCGUACGGAGUGGCGGCGCGGGGGCCUCAAGUCCAAGGCCUGUAAGCUCUUGGCUGUGUGCGUGGGAGGCGUUUUGGUGCUCAGGAGCGGACAAGUCGGAGCACACGAGUCUCAGGAGGGUCUUCUGCGGCGGACACUGCAGGAUGAAAAAGGUUCACAGACUCUGCUGAACGCCGCAGCAUGUAAACUCGACGAGUCGGUAGGGCCCCCCAAGCCCAUCGAGCUCACGCUCUCCACAGACCAGCUCACAGCUUCUCUUGUAUGCUCGGGCUCAAACGUCGCAGCAGUACCGGAGAAUCUCGAGAAAGUUUGUCAAGAGCAGCCAAGCGGGAAAAUUCAGGAAAGCAAGGACGAGUGUCGGGUCGGACCUAGCAGCAUGGGCAGGCCUGUUCCCCUCGCGGAAAUUCUCGCCCCCGACAGCAGGGCAUCCUGGAACAAGAUCAAUACCGCAGAAGAGCAGCAAAACGAGACGUGGACACUGAAAUUACAAAAAGAAAAUCUUCCUCUUCGAGACAAAACAUUCUAUGUGGGGUGCCAAAAGAAGAACGGGGACAAUAACUCAAUGUGCAAGCUGCCCAUACAUAUACUGGCGAGGGCUUCCAGUGCUGAAAACAAUGUUGUCACCUGCGCUUACGGUGCGCAAAGCAAUGAAGCCCCCGUGAAAGUGGAGAUGACACAAGAGCAGAACUCACUGACCCUGCUAUGUGGGAAAGAAGGAUCUAUUGAGCCCAGCGAGUACACAACCAAGUAUUGCGAGACCGACGGCCUGAAGGAGUGCACGAAGCCCUACAGUGAGAUUCUCCCUAAAUUCAGCGAAGCGUGGUGGACAACAGUGGAGGGGAAGGACAACUCCGCGAAGUUGGCGAUCCCAUCAACCGACUUCCCAACUGAGGAUAAGUCGUUCUAUCUGGGCUGUACUCCAGCUGAAACCAACAAUGCUGAAUCCCAAGAGGAGCUUGGAGUUGCGGCAGCGGCUGAAGCGUCGGGCGCUAAGAAGACGACGUGCAAGGUGUUGGUGAGUGUCAAGGCACCAGGCUCAUCGUUGUCGUCUGGACCAGGUGUGGGGAUGGCAGCUGCAGCCUCCGGCGCGGCUGUGUUGACAGGGCUUAUUGCUGGCGCCUUCUGA